AUGCAACCUGUGGUUCUCUGUUCCAUUUCCUGUCAGUACAUGGCUGAAUGCCAGACGAGUUGCACAGAUGGUCAACCCAAUCCACCCUCUGAAAAAAAGGAGCUGAGAAAAGUGGCCCAUUUAACAGGCAAGCCCAACUCAAGAUCCAUCCCUCUGGAAUGGGAAGACACAUAUGGAAUUGCCCUUGUCUCUGGGGUGAAGUAUAAGAAGGGUGGCCUUGUGAUCAAUGAUACUGGGUUGUACUUUGUGUAUUCCAAGGUGUACUUCAGGGGCCAGUCCUGCAACAACAAGCCCCUGAGCCACAAGGUCUAUAUGAGGAACUCUAAGUAUCCCCAGGAUCUGGUGCUGAUGGAGGGGAAGAUCAUGAACUACUGCACUACUGGCCAGAUGUGGGCCCGCAGCAGCUACCUGGGGGCGGUAUUCAAUCUCACCAGCGCUGACCAUUUAUAUGUCAAUGUAUCUGAACUGUCUUUGGUCAGUUUUGAGGAAUCUAAGACAUUUUUUGGCUUAUAUAAGCUCUAAGAAAAGCACUUUGGGAAUUCUCUCCAUAUGGUUCCCUGUUACAGGCACUGAAAGUAUGGUCUUGAAUGAGAGUCUUCUUAAGUCCACUUGAGGUCAAGUGAGAAGACAUGAGCCAAGAGUAUCUAGAGACCACAGUGUCCAGCAGGUCUAUACUUCCUCACCUCAUGAGCCAGACAGGAGGGGGAAUAUGACUGAAGAACUUGAGACUCUGGGCUGCCAUGUGAAGAUGCAGAGGCAGGAAGAAGCAGCUACCAGAGUGUUCUACACUCAUUUUAAGUGUCCAAAAGCAUUUUGGCACAUUGAAAAGGACACCUGUUAACUCACCUCUUGGGGUGGGUCUACUAUCUACCUCAGGGGAGGCUGUCUUUCAGAUAUAUGGAUGUGACAUGAGUGUAUAAGGGAUGGAAAAAGAGGACUAGGCUUGCAUGAUAAGCUAAAGAGGCCACAGGCCAGUGUCCCAUUGGAAGCAUGUUUACUUCUAAAGGCAGAGCUUGUGCCACCAGGUGAUGGUAAGAGAGAAGCAAGGGGGAUCUUUUGGGAAGUUGCUCCAUUCCCCAAACAGCGUGUAUAUUUCCAGUGCAAUUUUAGGUGUGUGUGUGUGUGUGUGUGUGUGCAUGUGCGCUCACAUGCAUGUGACUAGAAGAGUUACGUAAGAAGAGACAAUGUGGAGAUUGUGAAGGACAUGUUAGGAAAACAUGGGUUGCAUUUAGUGGUAGAUUUUGAAUACUUCUUGGCAACUGACUCAGUUGUCCUCAAAAUAGUCCUCAAGACUCUUCAACUGUCAGCUGUUGAUGCUGUUUUCCUAUAAUAUAAUC